GAAUUAGACUGUUUUGUGAACAAAACUUUCUUUGUGUUUUUAUGUCAAUUUCAAUUUGAAAACAGAAAACACUUUCAGUUUUCUAAAAUUAUUGGAUCAAAAUGCAAAAAGAAUUAAAACCAUUAGAAGAACAAGUGUUCUCGAUAUCUAAUCGUUUAAUUUGUUUUAUGUGUAAAAAAAAAAUGAAAAUGAAACGCAGUAGAUCUUUAUCUCCUAAAGCUUCAAGUAGUGAAGAAGAUAUGAAACGUAUUAAAUUUGAAGAAAAUGAGAAGACAAAUAAUAUAAUAAUUCAUCCACAUAUAUUAGACUUCUCAGAUGAUGUUUUGUUAAAUAUAUUUAAAUAUUUGAAUCCUAAAGAUCUUAUGGCAAUAAAUUUAUCUUGUCAACGAUUAGGCCAAAUAGCACAAGAUAAAACUUUAUGGAGAAGGGUAGAUUUUCGAGAAACACCUAUGUUAUUAAAUGACUUAAAAGAAUAUAUAAAAUUUCUUCAACCUAUAACAACAAGCCUUGCUAUGCGUGGUGAUUUAUAUUGUGAACAUGACACAGAACUUAGUCCUUGUUUUUUUAAUUCAAUUAAGACUAUAUGCACUCAAUUAAAAGAAUUGAUUAUUGAGGAAUAUUGCAUUAAUGGAGACAAAAUUCAAAUAACAGAUUUUCCAAGUACAAUAGAAAAACUUUCAUUAGAAGGUUGCAAAAUGGGAUAUUUGCGUAGUAAUAAAUCAUAUUUUUUCAAAAUGAAUUUCCAUAUGCCUAAUUUAACAUGUUUAAUUCUAAGUAAUUGCCAAUGGUUUACUCCACAUUCAUUAUUGGUUAUUAGUAAAAUGCCAAAAUUGAAAGAAUUAAGGCUAAAUUCUUGUCACCGUUUAGGUGAAUGUGUAGCAUAUACUAGUUUAGCUACAAGAUUUGGAUUUAAAACAUUAGAAAUUCUUGAUUUGCGAGAUACUGCACUUGGUGAUAGUGAAGUUGGAUGUUUCAGUUGUACUAAAACUUUGACACAUCUUUAUUUAGAAUGUCCUUCCAGUUUACGAAAUGCAGAAUUACCUGAUUCAGAACCUCGACCUUUACAACGUGAAGUUUUGAAUCAACUUCCUGUAUAUGAAGAUGGCAAUCUUGCACAAUUUCUUGUCGAAGAUGGAUUUCGUUGGGAAAAUUAUAUGUUUGGACGUUGUUUAAUAACAGACAGAGCAAUUUGUGCUCUUGGAAGUGAUACUUGUGAUCGUAUAAUCAACAAUUCUGCAGAAGAAGUUAUAGUUGUAGAAGGAGAUAAACGAAUAUUUAAUAAUCCUCAUUUAAAAACAUUGGUUGUUAGAAAUUAUCCACAUGUUACAAAUUCAAGUCUUGUUCACUUGGCUUUAAAUGCAUCAAAUCUCGAACACCUUGAUGUAAGUGGCACAUCUGUUACAAGGCAAGGUGUUGAAACUUUUAAAUCACAGAGACCGAAUGUUAAAAUAAUUACUUCUUUUGAUGAAACAUAGUUGUAACAGAUAUCAAACGUGUAAAUUUAACAUAAUUAAGAGAUUUAAAUAUAUGUUUAAACAUGUUUAAACAUCAGUAAUUAAACAUAAGCAUUUGAAAAAGUUUUCAGAAUUAUUCUGAAAUCAUCAAUGACUCGACAUUUUAUUAUUAAAUAAAUUUAUUUUGCGCAAAAAAUGAAUAGAACAAAUUAAGAAUUAGAAAUAAUUUUUUUUACUUUUAUUAAAUAAUAAAUAAAUUAUAAUGCGGAAUAUAGAAUAGUAUUUAAAGUUUAUAUUCUAAUUUUAUAACUUCCAUGUGUUCAAUAUAUUUAUUCACAUGUCUUACAGUUCCAUUAUAUUGUAUAUAAAUAUUUGUGUGCAAUUUGAUCACAUUAAUUUUAUGUCAGCAGUAUUUAAUAUAAUUAAUCGGAUUUGUAAAUGAUAAUGAAAUUUCAUUAUCAAAUGAAGGUACUAUUAUAUAUGAAUGAAAUAUUUUAAAUAUAUUAAUUGAUAAUAAGGAAAUGGAUAGAAGACAGAAAAAAAAGGAAAGAUAAAAAAGGGGGGGAAAUUAAAUAUAUUAUGGAUAAUAAUAUUAAAAAAA